CAAUUUCCCCUCUCCGUCGCUCACUCGUGCUCCGCGAGCUGAGGCGCAGUCAGAAAGAGCAGCAGCUCCGGCGGCAGCGCUGACCGCUAGAGCGCGGCGGCGGCGGCGGCGACGCUUUAACCGCGGCAGCCAAAACAAACGGAGCCUUCGCUAUUUAUUGGCGGCGGCCGGAGCGGGCCGGCUCAGAGCGGCCGACCAGCUCACCUGCCCCCCUCGCCGCAUGGCCGCGGCCGCUGCUCCCCUCCCGGGGCAGCCCGGCCGUCGUCGCCGCCACCGCCGCUGCUGCUGCUGCUCGUCUUGGAGCGAGUCCCGCUGAGCUCCGCUGGGUCCGUCAGAGCCAUGAAGGCGGCGCGGCUGCUGCUUCUCCUCAGCGGCUGCGCGCUGCUCCUCUUGGCGCCGGAGGUGAGCGGCUGCGGGCCGGGCCGGGUAGUGGGCAGCCGUCGCCGCCCGCCCAGGAAACUCAUCCCUCUCGCCUACAAGCAGUUCAGCCCCAACGUGCCCGAGAAGACGCUGGGCGCAAGCGGCAGGUACGAAGGCAAGAUCGCCCGCAACUCGGAGCGCUUCAAGGAGCUGACGCCCAACUACAACCCGGACAUCAUCUUCAAAGACGAGGAGAACACCGGCGCCGACCGCCUCAUGACCCAGCGUUGUAAGGACCGCCUAAACUCCCUAGCCAUUUCAGUGAUGAACCAGUGGCCAGGGGUGAAGCUCCGGGUGACAGAAGGUUGGGAUGAAGAUGGACACCACUCAGAGGAGUCCCUGCACUAUGAAGGCCGUGCUGUUGACAUCACCACCUCUGACCGGGACCGCAACAAGUAUGGGAUGCUCGCACGCCUGGCUGUGGAGGCUGGUUUUGACUGGGUUUACUAUGAAUCCAAGGCUCACAUUCACUGUUCCGUUAAAUCAGAGCAUUCAGCAGCAGCAAAGACGGGAGGAUGUUUUCCAGCCCGAGCCCUGGCAACUCUAGAGAGUGGGACCAAGAUUCCAUUGUGGGCACUUAAGCCCGGGCAGCGGGUCCAAGCCAUGGAUGCGCAAGGCCACCUCAUCUACAGUGAGUUCCUGGCAUUUCUGGAUAAGGCAGUGACAUCACGGACCUCUUUCCACGUCGUUGAGACCCAGGACCCACCCCGCCGCUUGGCUCUCACAGCAGCACACCUCCUUUUUGUGGGGGAGAAUGCAACUGCACCCAUGAAGACUAUUUUUGCCAGCCUGGUCCAGCCAGGCCAAUACGUGCUAGUAACUGAGGGAGGACGGCUGCAGCCGGCCAGGAUAGCGGCUGUCUCCUUGCAGGUGGAUGUUGGUGCCUAUGCUCCCCUCACCAGCCAUGGGACUCUGGUGGUGGAUGAAGUGGUGGCCUCUUGUUUUGCUCUGGUGCGUGACCAUCACUUGGCUCAGUGGGCUUUCUGGCCCUUGCGACUGUAUCACCACUGGGCAGGGUGUGACUGGGCCCAGCCAGAAGGUGUGCACUGGUACUCUGUCCUGCUUUACCGCCUGGGCCAAAUGUUCCUAGCUUCAGAUAGCUUCCACCAAUUGGCCACAGUGCAGUUUGAGAGCUGAGUGAAUGUUUUCCAUUGCCGCUGAGACAGGGAGAAACCCAGUGGCCUCCACUGGUUCUUGAGAGGGAUUGCUUGGCAGCCGAAACCCUGAUGGGUGGGGGAAAGGAGGUGGGACCUCUGGCUUCCCAUCACCUACACCAAGCACAAGAGUGGAAGGAAGGUUUUGGCUUUUGUUUCAGCCUUCUUUGUGCUGUUGGCUACAGAAGGGAGUGCCCAGCAAUGGGGCCAUAUGCUGCUAUUUUGGUUGAAGAGCCUCUUGGUGCAAAAAGGAGAGUGAGCCAGGUGGAAAUCCUCAAACCCAGGAUGAACGAAUGAGGUGGCUGGGAAAUUCUGCAACUCUAGAUUGCAGAUUGAGGAAGUCCCCGUGUGACUGUAUAUGCAAGGAGGUUCCAGGGAGAGGUUGAGGGUGGGGUUGUGAGACUUCUCCCAAAGGCACCUCCUUUUAGGAACUGUAAGCCUCCUGGCACUGUUUCUUUGAGGCCAAAGCAGCUAUACAGGAGACACUCCUGGAUUCUCACCCUUGUGAGAAGGAUGGAAAUGCUUAUUUCCAGCUGAAAGUUCACCUGAAUCUGGGAGCAAUAAGCACAGGAAAGAAGAAGGGCACAUCAGUUAUGGUGAGGGAACAGGCAACAGAGAGGGAAGAUAUAUAGGAUAUCAUACCAUCAUCUUUGGAUCAGUAGACUAUUGGCCUGCAGUGAUGAAAGCCCUCUCUUUGUCUUCUGCAUUCACUAAUGCAAAUUAAAAGAAUCACUCCACCUAAAAACGUGCACUGAAAGAAGGAAGACUACAGGGUGGCAUGAGGGGGGGAAAAAGAUCUCAGCCUGCUUUAAGAAGCUUGUUCUAGAUGGAUUCACCAAAAAGCGGUUAUUGUAAUAAUAUUAUUUAAUCACAUCACCUAUGUUGGCUGGUCUUGAAAAAAUCACCAAGAGGAACAAAAUUAGAAAACAGAACUGGGAAUUCUCUGCUUGUGGAGGGACAGAUUAAGAGUCAGGGAGGGAAAAUGGAUUGUUUGAUUUUUCCAAAGUCUUUUAUUGAUUUUUGAAGGUUCAGGGGGGCAGAUAUUUCUCAGGAGCUUCGCCUCCUGUCUUCUUGGCAUCCUAAAGAGAGGGGUGCAAAGCAGAGGAUCUGAUAUUUGAUCUUAUGUAAGAAAAAGAAACAGUCCCAAAACCAUUUGCAGAGAAGAAUUGCUUAUUCACUCUGCCAAUCCUCUCUUCUUUGCAUUAGUUUGAUAAAUAUGGAUCUUUCUUUGCCAAGGCAACAUGGAAAGCCACCUGUAGGACAGUUGUAUGCAUUAUGUAUCAAUCAUGUUUCUAGAGAGUAUGCCUGAGAUCAACUCUACUUUGUUUGAUGAUCAUCGACAAAAUUAUUGUUCUAGAUGCAUAUAUGCAUUUAAAAAAAACAAACUAGUGAAGUGCUAGGUUUACCUGCAGAAAAAUAAAACUGGUUGGUUUAUCAUCUAAUGCAACUUACUAGAAAAUAGCUUUCAGCUGUACAGGAAAAGCAUUAGUGGCUCGCUCUCUCUCUCUCUCUCUCUCUCUCUCUCUCUCUCUCUCUCUCUCUCUCUCUCUCUCUCUCUCUCUCUCUCUGGAUCAGUUUUUUGGUUAAGUGGUAAUGGAUUUUUUUAGAAGUAAGUUUUCUGGUACACCCAGCAUUUCCCACAUUAAGUUAAAUCCAUGUUGGAAAUUGUCACAAGUGAAAACCAGGUCCAGAUCUCCCAGUUUAAAUCUCUCUUUGAGGAUAUUAUGCUGCAGUGACAUCUUUACAGCAGCAAUUGGUCCUCGUCCACCUUCGAUUCGGACAACUAGCAUUUUGCUUCUAUGUAGCUAUCAGCACAGCCUAUUUAACUAGCCACCAAGAAUAAGUUUCUUUUUGCCCACAGUGGGACUCCUCAUGCCUCUCCACCUUCAUUCUCAAUUCUGACCCUCCUGGGGAGGUAAUAGUUGAAAAGGAAUCUUUGCUCUUCACAUUCCAUUUAUUUAUUUCCCUGCUCUUUGCAAAAUGCUCAGAAUUCUGUGAUUGGUAAAACUUUCUGCUAAAAGAGACCAAAGG